GGUUGUGAUGCGACCUAUGGUCAUGCAGGGAUGCCCUUAUACCUUUCCACGAUGUCAUGAGUGGCGGGCAGCUGAUCAGUUCCAUCAUAGCAGCAGCCUCCGAAACGCCUGCCCCCAGCUUCAGGUUAGAGCUGCUGCCACCUCCCCUGCACCUCCUCAGGAUGGUGCUGGGAUUUUCUGCCUAAGCCCACAGCUGUUCCACGGAUCUGUUAGUGUCGUUGGACCCCUGGAACCAUCAGCCAUGAAUCUGUGUUGGAAUGAAAUCAAGAAGAAGUCUCACAACCUCCGAGCUCGCCUAGAGGCCUUCUCAGACCACAGUGGAAAGCUUCAGAUCCCUCUACAGGAGAUUAUUGACUGGCUCAGCCAAAAGGAUGAGGAAUUGUCAGCUCAGCUGCCCCUACAAGGGGAUGUGGCCCUGGUGCAACAGGAGAAGGAGACACAUGCGGUCUUUAUGGAAGAUAUCAAGUCCCGGGGCCCCUACAUCUACUCUGUGCUGGAGUCAGCUCAGGCCUUCUUGUCCCAGCACCCAUUUGAGGAAUUAGAGGAACCUUGUUUGGAGAGCAAAGAUACCUCUCCCAGACAGCGGAUUCAGAAUGUUAGCCGUUUUGUGUGGAAGCAAGCAACAGUGGCCAGUGAACUAUGGGAGAAGCUAACAGCCCGCUGUGUGGACCAGCACCGCCACAUUGAGCGUACACUGGAACAGCUGUUGGAGAUCCAAGGGACAAUGGAGGAAUUGAGCAGUAGUCUGACUCAGGCUGAGGGAGUCCGAGCCACUUGGGAGCCCAUUGGGGAUCUGUUCAUUGAUUCACUCCCUGACCAUAUCCAGGCUCUUAAGCUAUUCAAAGAAGAAUUUUCCCCCAUGAAAGAUGGAGUGAAGUUGGUGAAUGAUCUGGCCCAUCAACUUGCCAUUUCUGAUGUGCACUUGUCAAUGGAGAAUUCCCGGGCCCUGGAGCAGAUAAACAUCCGGUGGAAACAGCUACAGGUUUCAGUUGGAGAGAGACUUAAGCAGCUCCAGGAUGCCCACAGGGACUUUGGGCCUGGGUCACAGCACUUCCUCUCCUCCUCUGUCCAGAUUCCGUGGGAAAGAGCAAUUUCACCCAAUAAAGUUCCCUACUACAUCAACCACCAGGCUCAGACCACAUGCUGGGACCAUCCCAAGAUGACAGAGUUAUACCAAACCCUGGCUGAUCUGAAUAACAUUAAGUUUUCAGCCUACCGCACUGCCAUGAAGCUACGCAGAGUUCAGAAGGCACUGCGUUUGGACCUCGUAACUAUAGCCACAGCCUUGGAGAUCUUUAAUGAGCAUGAUCUUCAGGCCAGUGAGCAUGUGAUGGAUGUGGUGGAGGUCAUUCACUGCCUGACUGCCUUAUAUGAACGGCUGGAGGAAGAAAGAGGCAUCCUGGUCAACGUGCCACUCUGUGUGGACAUGAGCCUCAACUGGCUCCUCAAUGUAUUUGAUAGUGGUCGCAGUGGAAAGAUGCGGGCAUUGUCCUUUAAGACUGGCAUUGCAUGCCUGUGUGGCACAGAAGUGAAGGAAAAACUUCAAUACCUCUUCAGCCAAGUAGCCAACUCAGGCAGCCAGUGUGACCAGCGCCACCUUGGUGUCCUGCUUCAUGAGGCCAUUCAGGUGCCCCGUCAGCUGGGGGAAGUGGCAGCCUUUGGGGGCAGCAAUGUGGAGCCCAGUGUCCGUAGUUGCUUCCGUUUUAGCACUGGGAAGCCAGUCAUUGAAGCUUCGCAGUUCUUGGAAUGGGUCAACUUGGAGCCCCAAUCCAUGGUGUGGCUAGCUGUUCUGCAUCGGGUCACCAUUGCAGAGCAAGUGAAGCAUCAGACCAAGUGCUCUAUCUGUAGGCAGUGCCCCAUCAAGGGCUUCAGGUACCGGAGUCUGAAACAAUUUAAUGUGGACAUCUGCCAGACCUGCUUCUUGACAGGCAGGGCCAGCAAAGGCAACAAGCUGCACUACCCCAUCAUGGAGUAUUAUACCCCGACCACAUCCAGUGAGAACAUGAGGGACUUUGCCACAACCUUAAAGAACAAAUUCCGUUCAAAGCAUUAUUUCAGCAAACACCCUCAGCGAGGUUAUCUGCCUGUACAAUCAGUGCUGGAGGCUGACUACAAUGAGACGCUGGCUUCUUCCCCGAGGUUACCACAUGCUGACACACACUCCCGCAUUGAGCAUUUCGCCAGCAGGCUUGCUGAGAUGGAAAGUCAAAAUUGCUCCUUCUUUAAUGACAGCCUGUCCCCAGAUGACAGCAUAGAUGAGGACCUGUAUCUGCUGCGGCACUCCAGCCCCAUUACAGACCAGGAACCAGGUUUCGGACAGCACGCUUCAUGUAGCAUGGCCACAGAAAGCAAGGGGAAGCUAGAGAAGAUCCUGGCCCACUUAGAGGAUGAGAACCGGAUUCUCCAGGGAGAGCUGAGGCGCCUGAAGUGGCAGCAUGAUGAGGCUGCUGAGGCACCUGGUUUGGCAGAAGGCACUGCAGAGGUAGCACAGGACCACCACAAUGAGGAGCUUCUGGCUGAGGCCCGGAUCCUUCGGCAGCACAAGAGCCGCCUGGAGACACGCAUGCAGAUCCUUGAAGACCACAACAAGCAGCUAGAGUCCCAGCUGCAGCGCUUAAGGGAACUGCUCCUGCAGCCACCCACCGAAUCAGAUGGCAAUGGCUCUGCAGGCUCGUCCCUAGCUUCCUCUCCACAGCAGUCAGAAGGCAGUCACCCCCAGGAGAAGGGACAGACCACUCCAGACACUGAGGCUGCAGAUGAUGUUGGAUCAAAGAGUCAAGAUGUCAGCCUGUGCUUGGAGGACAUCAUGAAGAAACUUCGUCAUGCCUUCCCCAGUGUGCAAAGCUCUGAUGUGACUGCCAACACCUUGCUGGCCUCUUGAUGGAGCCAGAACCCCAUCCUAUAGACCAUAGUCCUCUCCCAGGUCUGUCAAAGCCUUCUCUCAACCUUCACCCAAACUUUCCAGUGCCCACUGGCCCCACAUUUCUCAGCCAGUGUUAUCUGGGCUCUGGGUAGCAGCAGGGAUCUGGUGGUAUGUGAGGUGGGUGUGUGAGGGCCAAGGAGGGGAGAGGCAUGAUUCCUCUGACUCUAAAAAUGUGCCCUUGAAUCCUCAAGUUUGAGACUUGUUCCUUAAGUACACUUCUGUUGUAGUCCAGGAUACCACUUGGAAG